AUGCUUUCCAGAAAUCUCCGACUGAGAGUCCGAUUACGGUUCUUGGACACACUCACUAGACGUGUAUCUGGAACGACCCGGUUAUGCACAAACAAAUAUCAAGCUUAUCUACUUUUUAUUGAAAGACACAUCGCUAUCUCACACACGGGAAAGGGUUUUUCUGCUGCUGUUCAUCCUAUCUUACCCAGGCUAAAACUCAUCUUCAAACAGAGAUCCCAACAAAGUAAGGUGUUAAUUUACUUUCUGCCCUCUUACACAUUGAUAAAGAGAAGAGAAUAG